AUGACCGAAAGCUCCGCGAACAAGCCGGCGAAUGGAGAAGUUUUUCACCGAGCGAAGAACGGCCUUAAACCGGGAAGAAACGGCUUCGUAAAAAAUCAUCAUCAUUAUUACCAUCAUCAGCAGCCGAAGUACUGCUAUCCCGAGGACAAGGUAAGCCCUAGCGCACGGUAGGGAUGGAUGGAUGGUGGGGAAGUGGCGAGGCGCAAAACACCAAGCUGCAAAUCAAUAUUGUUAGCUAUGUGUAUUUAACUUGAUAUGUUUUUAAACUGUAGCUAACCUAUUUUUAUGGUUAGCUUUACUGACAUCGAUUUGAAUUUGCUCAACAGUCUGUUAGCUCAGCAAGAUGUUAGACAUUUGACAGUUGUUGGCCACUUUGCAAAAACGUUGUCUAGGUAAAGUUACUGUAGAGUUGGUUAGCUAGCUAUUCUUUGUAAUAAUGUUUCUAGUGUUAUGUAACGUUAUAUCCCACGAGUGUUAGCUAAUAAUAUCUGCAGAAGUCAGCUUGCUGCUUUUCUAGGCUUUUAUCUUAUACAAACAAUAUGCAACAUACUAGCUAGCUAGCUACAAUGUCGACAAUAAUUUUAGUCAUCACUGAUGUCAUCAGUGUUUUCUAGAAAAUGUUGAGUGUGUGCCUGUGGCAGUCAAACAGCAGUGUCGAGAAGUCAGUUAGUGAGAAAUAUCCUUAACUGGGUCUUAGUUUGGAAAGGUAAAAUAUUUUCCUGUGUUUCUCUUUUUGUAGGAGAGACAAUGAAAGCUGCAUAAUCUUUCAAGAAACAAGUCUGAAAAUGGUGCGUGUGUCUGUGUGUACACUUGGAAAUACACCUGUACUCCCCGACUUCCCAGCACUGUUAGGCUAAUUAAUUUUCUACCCCUGCCUGGAUCCAUACUUAAUUUUAAUUAGUGUGUUGCGAAUUCGUUAACAUCUCUUUGAGUCAACAACAAUUAUAUAUCCUAAGAGGGCUCUCAAUGAAAAUUAAGAAGCAUAUCAACGUCUUUCCCUAUUGGUAGAACCAUAGAAAUAUAAUCUAUAAAUACAAAAUAAAUAUUAUUUCUAUGGGUAGAGCAUUGCAUUGGAAGUUAAACCCUGAUCCAUGUAGUGCUGUCUUGCCAACUAGGUUAUGACAUAAUAAUAAUACUAAUAAUACUAAUAAUACUAAUAAUACUACUAAUAAUACUACUAAUAAUACUACUACUAAUAAUAAUAAUACUACUAAUAAUAAUACUAAUAAUAAUAAUAAUAAUAAUAUGCCAUUUGGCAGACGCUGUUAUCCAAAGCGAUUUACAGUCAUGCGUGCAUACAUUUGGGUGGCCCCAGUGGGAAUCGAACCUCCGUCCUUUGGCGUUGCAAGCGCCAUGCUCAACCGACUGUGGUCCUAUAGGUAGAGCCAUAGAAAUAUCAUCUAUUUGUUUAAUUUAUUUAUAGAUUCUAUUUCUAUGGGUUGAGCAUUGCAUUGGAAGUUAAUCCCUGAAUCCCAGGUCAGUUUAGCACAAACAGGUCUUGGAUACAGGCUAUGAAUCAAUGAUUUGCUGUAACUGUUGAUAUGCCUCUUUGCUGUAGCUUUACUAGCUAGUCCUCUCUGCCUUUUCCCAGGCAUUUCAUAAGGCAGAGGGAGGGAGGAGAAUGCAUGGUCUGGUAAUUGACUCCAAGCUGAUUGUAGUGCAGGGGGAAGUCACCAUCUCUAGCCUCUGAGGUAUGUGAGAGAGGGGUAUGACUAGUCACAUGUGGUUACACAGCAGUGUGUAUUGCUUUGAGCUACUGGCUUGAUGUUUCACGGGAAAGACUCAAUGGCCACGGAAUAGAGCUAAGCACAGGCAAAAUCCUAGAGGAAGACCUGGUUCAGUCUGCUUUCCAACAGACACUGAGAGACAAGUUCACCUUUCAGCAGGACAUUAACCUAAAACACAAGGUCAAAUGUACACUAGAGUUGCUUACCAAGACAACGUUGAAUGUUCCCGAGUGGCCUAGUUACCGUUUUGACAUAAAUUGGCUUGAAAAUCUAUGGCAAGACUUAAACUGCUGUCUAGCAAUGAUCAACAACCAACUUGAAGAAUUUAAAAAAGAAUAAUGUGCAAAUAGUGCACAAUCCAGGUGUGCAAAGCUCUUAGAGACUACCCAGAAAGACUCACAGCUGUAAUCUCUGCCAAAGGUACGUCUACAGAGUAGUGACUCAGGGGUGUGAAUACUUAAUGAGAUAUUUCUAUAUUUAAUAUUCAUUAAAUUUUCAACAAUUUCAAAAAAAAAAAAUUGUUUUCACUUUGUUAUUAUGGGGUAUUGUGUGUAAAUGGGUAAAAUAAAAUCUUGUUAAUCCAUUUUGAAUUCAUUCUAACACAACAAAAUGUGGAAUAAGUCAAGGGUUAUGAAUACUUUCAGAAGUAUUGCACUGUGUGUAGUGUCCACAUCUCUCUCACAUAUUUAAUUAGCCUAGGCCUACUGACCAGACAAGAGAUGGAUAGCCUAAAGGCAGACUAGUGCUGUCUUUAAGGGCCGGUUUCCCACACUCAGUUUCAGCCUAGUCCUGAACUAAAAAGUGUGCGAUAAUGGGGAAUCUCAAAUGAAAUAGCUUUUAGUUCAGGACCUUGGCUUAAUCUGUGUCUGGGAAACCGGCCUUAAUAGUUAGACCUAGUCAUGUUCGGAUGUAGACGGUUGUAUAGUCAAUGCUGGUUUUUGUUUAUAAAAAAAAAGGAGCAUAGCAGAAUGCAGGUGGUAGAUCAUUGACAGCAUUUCGUUGUUUGAUUUAAGUGUGUUGGCUUGGAGUGUGGUAUCUGCUAGGAGAGUGCUCAGAUUCACAUGCUCUGUCCUGGAGCCUCCCCUAUCUUUAUUUGACUCAUAAAUCUAAUAGCCAGAACAACAGUGCUUGACAUAUGGAGUAAAAACAUAGCUAACCUAUAGUAUUCCUCUGUAGGUAUUUUUGAAUACUUGACAUCCUUUUCACACAGUACUAACACUGUAGUAACAUUCACUGACCAGAUAGGCUAGUCACCACUAUUGAACUAGGAUUCUGCUCUGUGAUGUUAUGGAAUAGGCCUCUGUGUAUGUGUGAACAUAUUUAGCACGCUGCAAGACAAGUAUUCCGAUCACGUCAUUCAGUUCCCUUUAUUUUUUACUAUUUUCUACAUUGUAGAAUAAUGGUGAAGACAUCAAAACUAUGAAAUAACACAUAUGGAAUCAUGUAGUAACCACAAAAGUGUUAAACAAAUCAAAAUGUAUUUUAUAUUUGAGACUCUUCAAAUAGCCACCCUUUGCCUUGAUGACAGCUUUGCACACUAUUUCAUAGUUUUGAUGUCUUCACUAUUAUUCUACAAUGUAGAAAAUAGUAAAAAUAAAGAAAAACCCUUGAAUGAGUAGGUGUUCUAAAACUUUUGACUGGUAGUGUAAAUCAACGUCUUGCCCUAUUGGUAGAACCAUAUAAAUAGUAUCUAUAAAUAAAGCAAUAAAAUAAAUAAAAAAUAAAUAUGAUUUCUAUGGGUAGAGUAUUGCAUUGGUUACACACACACACACACACACACACACACAGUCACGAUCGUUGAGAGACGGGUCGGACCAAGGUGCAGCGUGAAAAGCGUACAUGUUUAUUAACUAAAUAAACAUACAACAAAACAAGAAACAACGUAACGUGAAGUCCUCCGGCUAUACACACACAAGCCUAAACGGAACAAGAUCCCACAAUACACAGCAGGCAAUGGGCUACCUAAGUAUGAUCCCCAAUCAGAGACAACGGGCUACCUAAGUAUGAUCCCCAAUCAGAGACAAUGAGCGACAGCUGCCUCUGAUUGGGAAUCACACCCGGCCAGACGUAGAAAUAGACUAACUAGAACCUAAACAUAGAAUAUAUAACAUAGAUAGCCACACCUUGACUCAACAAACGAGUUCUAUAGGUCAGGGCAUGACAUACACACACUUUUUCACUCAACACAUACGCUCCUGCUAAUGUCUAUUAUCUAUCCUGUUGCCUAGUCACUUUAUCCCUACUGUAGGUAUCUACCUCUUUGGCAUCAACUCAACUCGCCGUGUUUGGAGGAGGAGGAAUGCUGCCUAUGACCCCAAGAACACCAUCCCCACCGUCAAACAUGGAGGUGGAAACAUUAUGCUUUGGGGGUGUUUUUCUGCUAAAGGGGACAGGACAACUUCACCGCAUCAAAGGGACGAUGGACGGGGCCAUGUACCGUCAAAUCUUGGGUGAGAACCUCCCCUCAGCCAGGGCAUUGAAAAUAGGUCGUGGAUGGGUAUUCCAGCAUGACAAUGACCCAAAACACACGGCCAAUGCAACAAAGGAGUGGCUCAAGAAGAUGCACAUUAAGGUCCUGGAGUGGCCUAGCCAGUCUCCAGACCUUAAUCCCAUAGAAAAUCUGUGGAGGGAGCUGAAGGUUCGAGUUGCCAAACGUCAGCCUCGAAACCUUAAUGACUUGGAGAAGAUCUGCAAAGAGGAGUGGGACAAAAUCCCUCCUGAGACGUGUGCAAACCUGGUGGCCAACUACAAGAAACGUCUGACCUCUGUGAUUGCCAACAAGGGUUUUGCCACCAAGUACUAAGUUAUGUUUUGCAGAGGGGUCAAAUACUUAUUUCCCUCAUUAAAAUGCAAAUCAAUUUAUAACAUUUUUGACAUGUGUUUUUCUGGAUUUUCUUGUUGUUAUUCUGUCUCUCUCUGUUCAAAUAAACCUACCAUUAAAAUUAUAGACUGAUCAUGUCUUUGUCAGUGGGCAAACGUACAAAAUCAGCAGGGGAUCAAAUACUUUUUUCCCUCACUGUAUGUAUGUAUGUAUAUCUGUUUAUGUUGACAUCAAAUCAAUCAAAUCAAAUCCAAGUUAAUUUGUCACGUGUACAGGAUACAGCAGGUGUAAACGGUACAGUGAAAUGCAUACUUGCUCUUCCUCAACUGUGCAGUAAUACUAAGUCAGAUAAACCCCUCAGGGAUUAAUAAAGUUUAUUGAAUUGAAUUGACAAUUCCUCCGCCCCCCCAGGUGCAGCACACAUCGUAUAAUGGCAGCAGCGGCCUGGGCCUGGGCCUGGGCCUGGGCAGCUGUCACUUCAACGAGUCGUUUGAGGAGACUCCCUUGCUGGUGGCGGUGCUCACCUACUUUGGCUAUGGCAUCCUCACCAUCUUCGGUUACCUCCGAGACUUCCUCCGGAACUGGAAGAUCGAGAGGUGUCACAUCGCUUGCGAGAGGGAGGAGCAGAGGGUAGGACUAGAUAGCCACCUCACCAGUCUGUCUGAAAAACCUUCUUCAUUCUCAUCACUAUCAUUUUCAUCAACAUCAUCAUUCUUUAAAAUGAUUCCCCCGAAAAGAAAGUUCACCCCAAAAAUCUAAGUAGUCAGAUGAUUUCAUAUUUCAAAAGUGGUAUUUUGUUUAUUUGUUCGACUUAUUUGUUAAUUUUACUUUAGACCACUUUUUAGGUAUUAAAAUGAGGUUACUUGCCUCAUUGGAAUUGUACUUUCGGAAGCAUUCACAAUAACACAUACACCCAUUUAUUCUGGCUCUGUAGUCCAAUUUCCAGUAGGAUAAAAACAACAACAUUUUUUUAUAUAUAUAUAAAAAAAAAAAAAACACUCAAUGGAAUGUUUGUGAAAAAGGAAGGAAAGCCUUAGCCAGUCAAAACCACAGGUCAUUCGGUGUAACACAACAGUAAAUCAUUGUGACAUACAGUAGUAUGGAGAAGGCAGUUGUGUUCUCCUGGACUACACAGACCUUCACUCACACACUGCGAGUAAAACAACAGUUUUCAGGACAUUGUUUUGGCACUGGGUCACCUCUAGAGGAGGAAACUGUAUCGCCUGAAGGAUAUCCUACUCUCGCUGCCUCACAGACUCACUUCACCGUCGGGUUUGAAGGAAGUGAAAAACGCUUUCAAGGAAAUAAGCUGAAUGCCUGUGGGGCUUUUUUCAGUCAUGUGUAAACUAAAGCUAACCUCUGCAAAUAUGGAGAGAUUAGACUCUAACAUGUACAUGUUAGACUGUUCUUUGUAUGCUUAGUGUAAUAAUGGAUGAAUGGGCCAUAGUACUGAACAUGCCUGACGUGAUGCUGAGGUAAACGCUCCCUUAACAUGUUACAUAAUAACAUGGAGCAGUAUGUGAGUGGUCGAAACCAGGAAAUGGGAAUAUUACUAAUUUUAAUCUCCCUCUUUCCCUCUCCCUCUCUCCCUCUCUUCCUCUCCCUCUCUUCCCCUCUCCCUCUCUCCCUUUCUCCCUUUCUCCCCCUCUCCCUCCCCCCUCUCCCUCUCCAUCUCCAUCUCUCCCUUUCUCCCCCUCUCCCUCUCCCUCUCUCCCUUUCUCCCCCUCUCCCUCCCCCUCUCUUCCUCUCUCCCUCUCCCUCUCUCGCUCUCUCCCUCUCUCCCUCUUCCUCCCUCUCUCCCUCUUCCUCCCCCCUCUCUCCCUCUCUCCCUCUUCCUCUAUCUCCCUCUCUCCCUCUCUUCCUCUUCCUCCCUCUCUCCCUCUCCCUCUCUCCCUCUUUCCCUCUCUCCCUCUCUCCCUCUCGCUCUCUCUCUCUCCCUCUACCUCUUUCCCUCUCUCUCUAUCCCUCUAGGACUUUGUCCCACUUUACCAGGACUUUGAGAACUUUUACACCAGGAACUUAUACAUGCGGAUCCGUGACAGUUGGAACCGGCCCAUCUGCAGUGUCCCGGGGGCUAAGGUGGACCUGGUGGAACGUGUGUCACACGAUUACAACUGGACCUUUGAGUGAGUGUCACAGUCACAAGAUGCAUCCCAAAUGGCACCCUAUUCCCUAUGUAGUGCAGUACUAUGGCCCUGGUAAAAUAAUAGGGUGCCGUUUUGGGAUGUAGCCACAGAGUUGGUAGUAGAAGACCCCGACCACUGAUCUAGGGUCAGAUGGGAACAUAAGCCCUCUAAUGGUUAUGGUUAGGAUUCAGAGUCGAGUAAACUAGUCUUAUACAUGGUUAGAGAAGGCAUCUUCAAAUCAAUGUUUAUUAGUCACAUGAUUUGUAAACAACAGGUGUGGACUAACAGUGGAAUGCUUACUGACGGGUCGUUCCCAGCAACGCAGAGAGAAACAGAGAAAUAAUAGAAAAGUAAUGACUCGUAAGGGAUGGGCCUCUCCAAGCCUGAAGGGCUGCAGUGCGGGCAGGGUUUUGUUCCAGACAAGCAAAAAUACACCAGAUUAGGCCUAAAUAAUAAACUAAUCAUGGCCUUCAAUUUGCACCACGAUUAUGUAAUAUGUAUAAAACAUUUCUGAAUAUGUUACAGUAUAUAAACAGGGUGUCCAAUAAAGUGUUAAAAGGAUAGUUCUGGAUUUUGGAAGUUAAGAGGUUGUUUCACGAGCCAACGCUAACUAGCUUAGUGCAAAUACUGGUAGUCUUUGGGUGCAGCUAAUGCUAGUUAGCAUUGGCUCACGGAACUACCUCUAAAGGGCAUCCCGAACGAUCCCUUUAACAUGAGUUUAAUCAGGUGCGGUAGAGCUGUAUUUGUAACAAAAGCCUGAUUUACACACACUGCCUCCUUCCUCUGCCAUGCCUUAGUGUCACCCCCGGGCAGCACUGGUAAUUACUGCCCCUGAAAGAGCCUGUCUGUGUUGUGCUAAGAUAACGAUAACACACUAAUCUACAGCAUAUGUUAGAAAAGCGACAGAGUUCCUUGAAGUGAAGGUUGUGUUAAAAGCCUUGGGCGGGAUGGAGAGGGGGAGAGAGAGGACAUAGAGGUUGGUAGUUACUCAGCCCUCUAACCACAAGGCCUGAUGUUCUGACUGACAAUCUUGCCAUGAUUUGUUGCGUUACUGAAAAGGAGAUCUAAACUGAAAGUCUCCUUUUUUGACACUGUAUUCUGGUUUGGUGCUGUGUGCAGGCCUCUAAAGUGAGAUCAAUACAUUUUUUUCAAUGCGACACAAUAUUUUGCCAGAACACUCUUUUCUACACUGCUCAAACAAGAGAAGCUGAAGCCCCGUCCCCUGUCGCUCUCAGCACUCAACAGAUUCUUCCAAGCAACGAUAGGCUACUGUUUUCCACGUUGCUUCUAAAUAUAAAUCCACAUGUUGUCUCUAUUAUAAUAAUAGUUUGUGUGUCUUGCUUUUUGCAAAAUGUGAGUUAGUUAGUGUAAGGAAUCUGGCAAUGUGCCUAAAGCUAAUCGCUAACCUCCCCCCCACCCCCCACCGAUAAAGCUUUGCGCUCCUAUUUUUUGUAUUUGUUGACGGUAGGUGCACUUGAUUCAGCAGCCCUAGCGCCCGGGAAGGAAAAGUGUUCCCAUUUUAAAACAAUUUCAUGUGUCUGAAGGUACAACUCCGCCUACCCGGGAGGCCCAGAGUGCAAAUCAAGUGCACCUAUAGGCCUGCCGCUGGCCAAUCAGAUAGCUCAGAUCACCGUGUCUGCACAGUUUCCUCACGCCGUAGACUGUAAAAAGAAGCCUCGAACGCACAGCAAAGUUGAUAAUGUCAGAUUUCAAAAAUGGUAAAAACCAUGACUAGAGAGAGACUCAAUGAAUACAGCAAAGAUCUGCUGUUAUUAUGAGUAAGUUCCUGUUUAAGUUCUUAUUCAGCACUGUCAACACUUUGUUCAACACUUUUAUGAGCCAUAAAAUGCACAUUUCGAUAAGCUUGCAUUGUUAUUAUUAGCGGUUUGUGUCUUGUUUACUAUCAAGGAAUAUUUCACUUUCUCUGGUCAUAAGAGUAACAACAUGAAUUGGUGCAUGAGGCAGAGAUAAUGCGGUGCAACUUCAGUUUUACCAUCAGCUGGAAGACUGUGUCCCCUUUUCACAGCGGAGGGAGGGAGAACGGAGGGACAGCGGAGGGAGGGAUAACGGAGGGACAGCGGAGGGAGGGAGAACGGAGGGACAGUGGAGGGAGGGAGAACGGAGGGACAGCGGAGGGAGGGAGAACGGAGGGACAGCGGAGGGAGGGAGAACGGAGGGACAGUGGAGGGAGGGAGAACGGAGGGACGGUGGAGGGAGGGAGAACGGAGGGACAGUGGAGGGAGGGAGAACGGAGGGACAGUGGAGGGAGGGAGAACGGAGGGACAGUGGAGGGAGGGAGAACGGAGGGACAGUGGAGGGAGGGAGAACGGAGGGACAGUGGAGGGAGGGAGAACGGAGGGACAGUGGAGGGAGGGAGAACGGAGGGACAGCGGAGGGAGGGAGAACGGAGGGACAGUGGAGGGAGGGAGAACGGAGGGACAGCGGAGGGAGGGAGAACGGAGGGACAGUGGAGGGAGGGAGAACGGAGGGACAGUGGAGGGAGGGAGAACGGAGGGACGGUGAGUCGGGUGAGAGGCAGCCUCACUGCUGCUCCCUCCCUCCCCUCAGACUGCUGCUCCCUCCCUCCCCUCAGACUGCUGCUCCCUCCCUCCCCUCAGACGCUGCUCCCUCCCUCCCCUCAGACUGCUGCUCCCUCCCUCCCCUCAGACUGCUGCUCCCUCCCUCCCCUCAGACUGCUGCUCCCUUCCUCCCCUCAGACUGCUGCUCCCUCCCUCCCCUCAGACUGCUGCUCCCUUCCUCCCCUCAGACUGCUGCUCCCUCCCUCCCCUCAGACUGCUGCUCCCUCCCUCCCCUCAGACUGCUGCUCCCUCCCUCCCCUCAGACUGCUGCUCCCUCCCUCCCCUCAGACCUGCUGCUCCCUCCCUCCCCUCAGACUGCCUGCUGCCCUCCCUCCCCUCAGACUGCUGCUCCCUCCCUCCCCCCUCAGACUGCUGCUCCCUCCCUCCCCUCAGACUGCUGCUCCUCCUCCCUCAGACGCUGCUCCCUCCUCCCUAGACUGCUGCUCCCUCCCUCCCCUCAGACUGCUGCUCCCUCCCUCCCCUCAGACUGCUGCUCCCUCCCUCCCCUCAGACUGACCAUGAGUCCAGCCUACUGCACAAGCCUCAUUGCUACAGAACUGUUUUUAAUUGGUUAAUGUUGCAUAGGCUUACGUUUUUUAAAUAAUGUUUUUAAAUAAAUACGAGCGGUAGAUCUCAGCUUGCAUUUUGACUCAGAAUAGGUUGGUGACCACUGAUCUACACUGAUUUGAAGUGGAUUUAACAAGUGACAUCAAUAAGGGAUCAUAGCUUUCAUCUGGAUUCACCUGGUCAGUCUAUGUCAUGGAAAGAGCAGGUGUUCUUAAUGUUUUGUGCACUCAGUGUAUAUCGCAAGUCAAAUCGCAAUAUUUUGUUGAAAGAUUGCAAUUCGAUUUUCUGCCCAUAGCGCGCUAACAACCAGGUAACUUUAUCAUCAUGCAAACAUUUGGUGGUACAGAAAGAAAGGAAAAAUUAUAUAUUAUUCAGGAGAUGUGCUUUAAAAGCAAGUAUGAUUCGUAUAGGUCCAAUGUAGGCUAUAUCUCAAUCAAUUUAAAACAACUUUUUUUCUGGUGCUCCUACAUUUUAUGUGGUACUUCUAACGUUUUAAAGUUAGGAGCACCAGUGCUACCAAUAAAACAUGUUAAAGGGAUACUUGGGGAUUUUGGCAAUGAAGCCCUUUAUCUACUUCCCCAGAGUCAGAUGAACUCGUGGAUGCCAUUUUGAAUGUCUCUGCAUAACUAGCGUAAUAGCUAACUAGCGUAAUAGCUAACUAGCGUAAUAGCUAACUAGCGUCAUUGCGCUAACGAAACUACCUCUAACUUCCUUCAUACUGGACACAGAGACAUAGAAAUGGUAUCCACGAGUUCAUCUAACUCUGGGGAAGUAGAUAAAUUGCCAAACUCCUGAAGUAUCCCUUUAAUAUAGAGCCCUGAGCGUGUGUGUUUGUUUGUCACAGGAGGCUGCUGAGGCAGCUGGAGUAAUGAUCAUAAUAACGUCUGUAAAGGAGUGAAUAGAAUGACAUUAAACAUGUUCGAUGUAUUUGAUUCCAUUCCACUCAUUCCGGUUCAGCCAUAACCACGAGCCCGUCAUCCCCAAUUAAGUGGUAGGAGGUGUGAUCAACAUGGGGUUCCUAUAACUACCUGUAACUCUCUCUCUCUCUCUCUCAGCUAUACAGGCAGAGUGGUAGGAGGUGUGAUCAACAUGGGUUCCUAUAACUACCUGGGCUUUGCUGAGAACACUGGUUACUGUGCCACUGCCGCCGCAGAGGUUACCAUGAAGUACGGGGUGGGGAUAGCCAGCACCAGGCAGGAGAUGGGUACGGCAUGGUCGCACGCACGCGCGCGCGCACGCACGCACGCACGCACGCACGCACGCACGCACGCACGCACGCACGCACGCACGCACGCACACACACACACACACACACACACACACACACACACACACACACACACACACACACACACACACACACACACACACACACACACACACACACACACACACACACACACACACACACACACACACACACACUGCACCUAAUAGAUGUUUGUUUAUAUUAACUUAUUGAUAUUAAGUCAACAUAUACAGUAUCUCGAGGAAUGUAUUUGUUUGUUUUGAGUUUAGUAAUCCAUCUCUGAAAUGAAAUCUUUGCCACACCCUCGGGCCUGAUAACUCACAAUCUUGGUAGGUAGUGUAGAUGAACACAGAGGCUGAGUCUCAGCCCUAAGCUGUAUCACACAACUGUCUAACAUUAAUAACACACUUAAUCAUUUGAAUCGUAUCAGAAGGAGGUAUGUGUCUAUGGGAGUUUUGAUGUAUCUCCUAAAUUCCCUUAGGUAACUUAGACAGACAUGAGGAGAUGGAGAAGCUGGUUGCUAAGUUCCUGGGUGUGGAGUCGGCCAUGGCGUUCGGGAUGGGCUUCGCUACCAACUCCAUGAACAUUCCUGCCCUCUCUGGCAAGGUAGGAGGACAUGCUACAUUACCGAACACCAAGGGUUCUCAGUCUUUCACUAUGUUCUAGCCCCUGGUUCACUAUUUCUGGUUCAGUCUCCUAGCAUCUCUCUCUCUAUCCCCUCUCUCUCUCUCUCACUCUCACUCUCUCUCUCUCUUUCUCUCUCUCUCUCUCUCCUCUCCUCUCUCUCUCCUCUCUCUCUCUCAAUCUCUCUCUCUCUCCUAUCUCUCUCUCUCUCCUCUCUCUCUCUCUCUCUCUUCUCCUCUCUCUCCACUCUGUCUCUCUUUCUCCCCUCUCUCUUGCUCUCCCUCUCCCCUCUCAAUUCAAUUCUGUAGACUUUAUUGACAUGGCAAGUUAAAUUAAGUACAGUGUCAAAGUACACAUAACAACAGUGGUUGGACCAACACCACUAAUAAUAGUAGUAGUAGAAGUAGUAGUGGAAAUUGUAUUACCAUUAACAGCAACUACAACAACAAUAUGAAUUGAUAAUAAUAAUAAAUAAAAGCUAUAGUAGUAGGCCAUUCUCAACAUGACUGAAAAGCAACAUGGCAUGAAAUGAAAUCCAAUAAAUAUAUAUAUAUAUAUAUAGGACUGACGAGUUGUGCGUUCCGAGAUACCGUCCUGCUCACCACUGUUGUACUGCUCUGUUAUUUGCCUGUUUGUGGGCCGCCUGUUAGCUUGCACGAUUCAUCCCGUUCUCCUUCGACCUCUCUCAUCAAUUAGCUGUUUUCGCCCACAGGACUGCUGCUGACUGGAUGUUUUUUGUUUGUCGCACCAUUCUCGGUAAACCCUAGACGCUGUCGUGCUUGAAAAGCCCAGGAGGACGGCCAUUUCUGAGAUACUGGAUCCGGUCCGCCUGGCACUAACAGUCAUACCACGCUCAAAGUCGCUUAAGUCACUCGUUUUGCCCAUUCUAACGUUCAGUCGAACAGUAACUGAAUGCCUCGAUGCCUGUCUGCUUACUUUAUAUAGCAAACCACGGCCACGUGACUCACUGUCUGUAGGGAACCAUUUUCGUGAACGGGGUGGUGUACCUUUUUGCUUUGUGAUAAUGUGGUUGGGCUAGAUGUUCUGAGUGCUGUCCUGAGGCUCUAUGGCAGGGCUAUUCAACUAUAUUCUAACACAUUAGGUGUGUUUUUUGUCCCACUCCAUUCUAAAGAGUCCUUCAGAGUAUCAGAGAAUGAAACAGAAGGCAGGUGUUCCUGAGAGUCAUGGCUUUCAGGAAUGGGGUCAUAAUAUUUUGUAGCUUAAACUGUUCAAACGCUAGAGGCAAAUUCUUAUGAAUAAAUAAUAUUCAACAUGCCACAUUGCUAAAAACCGCUAGAAACCUUUUCACCCAGCAGAAACCACACUAUCGACCAGGGUUUUCCAAACCUUUUCACCCAGCAGAAACCACACUAUAGACCAGGGUUUUCCAAACCUUUUCACCCAGCAGAAACCACACUAUCGACCAGGGUUUUCCAAACCUUUUCACCCAGCAGAAACCACACUAUAGACCAGGGUUUUCCAAACCUUUUCACCCAGCAGAAACCACACUAUCGACCAGGGUUUUCCAAACCUUUUCACCCAGCAGAAACCACACUAUCGACCAGGGUUUUCCAAACCUUUUCACCCAGCAGAAACCACACUAUAGACCAGGGUUUUCCAAACCUUUUCACCCAGCAGAAACCACACUAUCGACCAGGGUUUUCCAAACCUUUUCACCCAGCAGAAACCACACUAUAGACCAGGGUUUUCCAAACUUUUUCACCCAGGUCCCCUUCCAGCAAUCGGGAACAUCUUGCGCUCACCAUGUCUUUUUUUUUAUGGGCACAAGCACUGUUCAUGACACAAACUGUUCACACCCCUCUUGUUGGUGGAGAGAACAUUGUACAGGUUUAAAGCUUAUUUCCUUAAAUUCUACACAUGUUGUCAUGGGGUGCAGAGAACAUUGAGCAGUUUUAAAGCUAAUUGUAUUGCGAUUAUAUUGUUUAAUCUCUUGACAUUGUAGGGCUGUGUGAUGAAAUAUUAUGGGGUCGCUUGUUUUUAGGUGGUUGUAAAAUUUGAUGGGGGAUCUAAUUAUUUUUCUUUGCACUCUGCAUGCAGUAUUUUAAUUGGAUGUUUGGCCCAUUUGGUAAAUUCAUUAUUAGAGAGCGGACCCCACACUUCACUGCGAUAUAGAGAAUUAGUUCUAUAACUGAUUGGAACAUUUUGAGACAGAUCCUAAUUGGAAUUUUGAUUUUAAUGUUCCUUUUAAUGGCAUAGAAUGCUCUUCUUGCUUCGUGUCUCAGCUCGUUCACAGCCAUUCGAGAAAGCUAUCUAUGUUGCUGAAAUUUUGUCCUAGAUACAUGUAGUUUUUGGUGUGUUUUUAAUAGAACUGUGUCCAAAUAUAAUUUAUAUUUGUGAUCCUGAUAUCCGGCAGAAAUAUUUUGCACAUUUUACAGUGUGCAUUCGGUUCAAGUCAGGGAGAUACAACCAUAUUCUGUAGAAUACCAUAAUAUCUAGCCAUAGCCAACAGACAAUGCAAAUGCCACAGCAACUCCUGGCACAGGAAACCUCAGCUCCAGGCCAAGGGCUCCCAGACAGGCUGAGAGAGUAAAAUGUGCAUUCUAAUAUUUGCCCAACAUUGGAAUGAUAUUCUAAUAUUAUAUAUUUCCAUAACCUAAAUUAUUCCAUAUGCGAUGCCUAGCCAGCCGUAUAAUUUUUUCAAACCUGGACGUUUUACAUAGCCUAUCUUACCUUGUUUUUUAAUAGCCUACAGCCAAGAUCCCACCAUAGAAAAAAAGCAAUGAUGUCCUGAUAUGCCGUUGAAACCUGCAUUUCUUCUUCUACUGUCCAAAGGCAGUAAGGCAAAAUCCUAUUGUUGCAUCCUAUUGUUGCUCCCGAGUGGCGCAGCGGUCUAAGGCACUGCAUCUCAGUGCUUGAGGCGUCACUACAGACCGAGUGGAGCAGCGGUCUAAGGCACUGCAUCUCAGUGCUUGAGGCGUCACUACAGACCGGGUGGCGCAGCGGUCUAAGGCACUGCAUCUCAGUGCUUGAGGCGUCACUACAGACCGAGUGGAGCAGCGGUCUAAGGAACUGCAUCUCAGUGCUUGAGGCGUCACUACAGACCCCCCUGGUUCGAUUCCAGGCUGUAUCACAACCGGCCGUGAUUGGGAGUCCCAUAGUGCGGCGGCACAAUUGGCCCAGCGUCGUCCGGGUUUGGCCGGUGUAGGACGUCAUUGUAAAGAAGAAUUUGUUCUUAAGUGACUUGCCUAGUUAAAUAAAGGUUAAAUAAAAAAUAAAUAAAAAAGAUAUUCCCUCUUUCUAAGUUUCUACCAUUAGGCUUUAUAUCCAUCUCUGUCGCAUUAUAAAAAAUGCUUGCAUCAGGUGAGCGUUUGAGCAUGGUGUUCUCCCGUAAUAGCAUUUUGGAACAGAUUGUUUUUUUUUCUUCUGUUUUGAUCAAUUCGAUUGAAUGAGUUAGUUCUGAUUUAUACCAUAUUAGCAUUCCCCCUGAGUCUCUGCCCUGUGUGACUCCUUUUGAUUUGGUGGAUGGUACGAUUACCUCCCUGUAACCCAGUGGCCAGCCAGUGGAAACGCCACCUCUGCACCAUGUUUCCUGUACUACAUUAUCAACAUCAUCAUCUUUCAGGAAGUCUGGGUUUCUUCUCUUUAGCCCGAAAGCCGAGGACUUCAAACCUUGUCAAUUCCAACAUGCAACGUAAAAAGGGUUCAUUUGUGUUUUUUUUUUCUUUUUUUUAUCUGUACUUUCAAAAUUAGAUAAACACUCACACUCCAACAGGAGCUGUUAAAACAGGAUUUUAAUGUAAACUAUUUUUGUUUAUCAUUUAAGAUACCAUUUAAUAAUAAUUUAUACAUUUUCUAUAGUGCUUUUCAUAGAAUCUCAAAGCACUUCAAGAGCAAAAAAAAAAAAAAAAAAAAAAGAAAUAGAUCAUGGCAGGUCCAGCAAAACAAAUAGUGGGAGUACGCCGUACUGGUGAAAUGUGAGCCUAUCAAAAUUAACACAAAAAGCCAAAACUAACUAUUACAUCAUCAUUUAACAUAUAGGCCACCAAAUAGAUGAUUGUUGAGUUGUGACUGUCAGUGAAAAGCAGGGAGGCCCAGCCAGGCAUUUCGCAAUAUUAAAUAUUAUAAUCACCGGAAAAUUGUUCGGAAAGCAAAUGGCUAUUGCUGUAAAGAGAUGACAAUGAAAAGACUCCAGUCUGUCUUUUUAGUUGUCAAAAUGUUCAACUUAAUUGAGCGAACAGUAGCCUAUCUUAUUGGCACCAGCGGAGAACAUCGGCCAUAUCCUGGGUGAGUGUGCCUUUAUCAUUGGGUCAGUACCAUUGAGUUUUUUUGGGGACAAUAAUGUCCUCCUCCAGGUUAGAGAGACGUCAUAUAGUAUUUGUGUCUCCCCUUUUCGUUUUAUAUGGAUCAGACAACGUUGUUUUUAUUUACUGAUCUGUUUGUCAGUGUCAGCGGAGCAGGUUAACCUGUAAUUUUUUGUCGUAUUCAAAAAGAUUCUGCUAAUGUCUGCAGUCAUGUAAAGUGUAGUAGAAUGGUACCACUUUUUGAAAUGUGUCUAUUUAAUUAAAGUUUAUGCUAAUUUCGAAAACUCACAAAAGCUCUGACGGAGGCCUUGCAUAAAGGCCUUACAUAAAGCUUCUUAAAGAGCAGUGAUACUAUAUCAAGAGCAGUGUGCGGGUUUCUUCUUAAAAAAAAUAAUUAAUCUUAUUCAACUGUUACCGUGCACCUGCAAAAAAGAUAGCUCAGAUGUGUGAGUGCCUUUUGAAUUCUGAUAUAGCCUCGGCCUUCUCUACGCCGCUACGCGCUGCAUUGAGAAUAAUUUUUUUGCGAACAGUGAUUGAGUUAUAUUAUUAGCCUAAAUUAUGACUAUCCAAUCUACUCAUCACUUUAGGAAUAGUAGGCUAUCUUCCAUAAGUCUGCAAAUGCGGUGAUGCAUGUAAUGCUUUAUUAUAAAGGUGCAUUUUUCUGGUGAGAAUUAGCUUCGCCAAACUUGAAACUCACGCACCACCUAUGGCUACAGAACCGCACUGCUAGCCAAACACAACAGUCUGGCUGGUGCCACCUGAAUUAAAGGGUAACUUCACAAAAAAAAUCUAGAUUUCUCAGAUUUUUCCCAGACCUAAAAUAUUGGCCCCUGAUGUGGUUUAAGCAUUGUUGUGAACUUAGAACAUCCAUGUUUUGUUUUUCAAUAAAGAAAAGUAUAAUUUUGAGAGAAAAAAACCUGAGAAAAAUCAGUCCUUCUCCCUGCUUCCUUUUUUUUGUGCCAUUUUGGUAUCAAGUAUCAUUUUUUUUCAAAUUCUGCCCUCUAGAGGAUUUAGAAAAAAGAACACAUGGCAGUUUGAAAUCUGGAAUAAAUACAUGUUGCACUUUAUUUUAACACUGGUCUUUGCUGUUACAGUAAAUCUAUCCAAAUCGAUUUAAGAACACAAGGGCAUGCUAAUUUAAAAGAUGGCUACUCAUUAUUAGCCUGGUUCUGUAUGGAAUGCAGGGGAUUAUGGGACACAGGCCAUUAUCCAGAGCUGCCAAAUAUCACGCAUUGGCCGUGAGACACACGCAUUUGACCCUCAUCUCACGCUCUCACGGCACACCUCUUAUAUCUCACGCAUUCGCCGUGAGACACACGCAUUUGACCCUCAUCUCACGCUGUCACGGCACACCUCUUAUAUCUCACGCAUUGGCCGUGAGACACACGCAUUUGACCCUCAUCUCACGCUCUCACGGCACACCUCUUAUAUCUCACGCAUUGAAAAGUACUGCUUUUUUUGGGGGGGUCUAAUUAGUCCAUUGUAUAGUCAGCGAGAUAACUUUUCAACUGUGCUCCAAAUCGUUUUGAAAUCGGAGCAUCUGCGCCUGCAAUUUAACAUCAGGAGCUGAACCUCUAUCAUUGUCCUGUGAAGCACUAUGAACCACGGGGCACAUUGAAGCGUAUGAUUGGUCUUGUUAUUUAAGGGAUUGAGGAGAUUGGAUGCGUGUUUUAAAGAAAUGCCCCAAGAUUAGAGUGGAGCUGAAUGGAGAGAGAGAAAGUUCGCUGAGUUUAUGAAACUAUAAAAAGAGCAGCACGGUAGCACUGUUUUAUGUACAGGUUGCUGUUACAUUCAGUCCCUAUUGCAGAAUGCAGCCUUUUGACAGCAUGUUCUGAAGUCUAUUGAAUUGCAUUAGUCCCCUCGUUUGGCGAUUGGCAUUUAGGCAUGUGACAAUGAAAAGGCAACAACAGACAGAUCUACAGUUCAGGGAAGUUUGGAAGAGUGACCUUAUUUGUAACUAUGAAAAUAAUUUUGUCAAAUCGAUUGUGAACCCAAAAGUGUACGUGUGAUUUUAGAGGGGGGACAAUACAUAGAAAAAUAAUUGACUUAGUGUAUAAGGGCAGAUUUAUAUAAUCUUGUCUUCAAGAGAUUUUAUUAUCUAUUUACUUUAUUUAGUCUGAUCAGUGGAACAAUUCUCAUUCUUGAAUUUUGUAGGUGAAGCAUGGUGGUGGCAGCAUCAUGCUGUGGGGAUGUUUUUCAGUUCAUCUCUGGAGAGACCUGAAAAUAGCUGUGCAGUAACGCUCCCCAUCCAACCUGACAGAGCUUGAGAGGAUCUGCAGAGAAGAAUGGGAGAAACUCCCCAAAUACAGGUGUGCCAAGCUUGUACCGUCAUACCCAAGAAGACUCGACGCUGUAAUCGCUGCCAAAGGUGCUUCAACAAAGUACUGCGUAAAGGGUCUGAUACCUAUGUAAAUGUGAUAUUUCAGUUUUGUAUUUUUAAUAAAUUACCAAAAGUUUCAAAAAAACUGUUUUUGCUUUGUCAUUAUGGGGUAUUGUGUGUAGAUUGAUGAGGGAAAAAAUUAAUUAAUACAUUUUAGAAUAAGGCUGUAAUGUAACAAAAUGUGGAAAAAGUCAAGGGGUCUGAACACUUUCCGAAGGUACUGUAAACCACUUGAAUAUUGAUAUUCAUUAGAAUAUGCGAGGUUGGUCGAUUAUGCGAAAUUAGCCCUAUUUUAAAGAGUGAGUUACAAAUGACAAAAUACAAAAUGUUUGUGUACUUACCUUUUUAAAGCAGUCUAUGAACAAGGAGACUAGAAUCUCUACUGUAUGAUUUGGUUACCCACUGCCAUCAAGCAUAAACAUUCAAAUGUCCAGCGCAGACCGUUGGUGUAGUGGGAACACUCCCCAGCACGUGUUGCAUACAACUUUCCACCUGAGAACAGGGAUUAAUCCCUUCUUCCAACCUUCCCACUGUUUCUAGCAUUUGGCUCUCUUCCUAUCUCAUUUCAUUACUGUCUUAAUAAAGUGUCAGAUCACCCCCAAAAAAUAUGUAAAAGUAUAUAUAUUAGCAUACUUUAAUUGUAAUGCCCCAAAAAAUCUCAAAGUAACAAAGUUGUUGAAUUUUGAGUGUUCAUUUAAUGUUCAAAGCAUCCUGAAUAGAUCUGACCUGUGGUUUUUAUUUUUAAAAAAAUCCAACAUGGUCAUAGCCCUGAACCAUGCCAGAUUACAUAGAAUUGUAGGAAAUGAGCUUUAAAACAGUAAAAUGUUCCUGGGGGAGGACCUCCAGGCCCCCCUCUAGUGGUUGUGCCUGGGGGCAAUGAAGGUAGUAGCACCAGUGCCACCAGUGGUAAAAGUUAGUGUGGAACCCUGUACCUCUGGCUACCAUUUUGCUAGCUAGCUCUUAGUUUAGCUGAACAACCAGCAAAAAUAGUGCAUUUAUUUAUUUAUUUUAUUUUUACUGAAGCUAUGUGUGGAGUCCGUGCUCCUUUUUGGUUUACUCACUUAGUUUGGUAGUUUGAUGUAUUUGUAUUAAUGAACUCCCCUUGCUAGGUUUGUUCUAGCUCAAUAUGUUUUUCUGGCAAGCUGUAGGAUGUUCACUCACUGCUCUAGAAUCCUGGCUAGCUUCUCUUGUUGGCAAGGUUUUGGUUAUGUUGCUAUCUACGGAGAGUCAACUUCAUUUGAGGCACAAAGCUACUUUUUUAUCUAUUCUGAUUGAAUAGUUGUUGUUCAUUAUUUCUUGUCUUUCAUUAUUUUUAGAUUUGAGUGUUUAUCUCUCUCUCUCUCUCUCUAUCUCCCUCUCUGUGUGUUCUUUACAUACAUAUCUUUCUUCCCUCUCUCUUUCACCCUCUCUCUAUUCAUUUCACUUUCCCUGGCGCUCCCUCUCAUUGCCUUUCUGUGUUUCUCUCCCCCUCUCUGCGUCUCCCUCCUUCUCCUCUCUAGGUUUCUCUCCUUCCUUCUCCUCUCUAGGUUUCUCUCCCUGUCUCCCUCCCCUCUCUGGGUUUCUUUUCCUCUCUCCUUCUCCUCUCUGGGGUUCUUUUCCUCUCUCCUUCUCCUCUCUGGGUUUCUUUUCCUCUCUCCCUCUCCUCUCUGUGUUUAUUUCCCUCUCCCCCUCUCCUCUCUGUGUUUCUUUUCCUCUCUCCCUCUCCUCUCUGUGUUUCUUUCCCUCGCCACUCUGGGUAUCUCUGACCUCCAGACCUGGGUGGUGCGACGCUACGCACGCCACCGGAGAGGCCUGAUAACACACGGCAUAUUAUCAACAGGAAGUGAGCACAUCACAGCUCCACUUCCUGUCAGGGCAAAGGUUGUCGCCAGGGCAGCCAAAGGUCAACUCUGUUGUGUUGCUGUGAGAGCAGAGCGGAUGCAGCGGGAGGUUUCCAAACUGUGGGCAAAAAAUAGAAAUAAAACGUGUAUUUAUUUCUUGUGAGGAAGGCAAAAUGCAAGAUAGUGAGGUUAGGGUUUACUACUUAAUGAUCAAGCAUGUAAGUAUUCUUAGUAGACUGAAUCAAUCUCUGUGGCUGACUGAAUACUUUUUUUCCCCACUGUAUGUGUCUCUAAUAUGGUCAUACAUUUGGCAGGAGGUUAGGAAGUGCAGCUCAGUUUACACCUCAUUUUGUGUGCAGUGCGCACAUAGCCUGUCUUCUCUUGAGAGCCAGGUCUGCUUCUUCUCUCUCCUCUCUCAUCUCUCUCUCUCCUCUCGUCCUCGUCGCUCUCCUCCUCUCUCUCUCUCUCUCAUCUCCUCUCUCCUCCUCUCCUCGUCUUCUCUCUCAUCUCCCUCUCUCCUCUCUCUCUCUCGUCUCCUCCUCCCUUCUUCUCUCUCUCUCUCUCUCUCUGUCUGUCCUGUCUGUCUGUGUCCUGUAUAGCUGUCUGAUCCUGAGUGAUGAGCUGAACCAUGCCUCUCUGGUCCUGGGAGCCAGGCUGUCUGGGUCCAUCAUCCGUGUCUUCAAACACAACAGUGAGUCCGGCCUUUAUCCACCCCCCGCAACACCGUGUCCAUUCCCUAUCUCUGUCCCCCCCUGCAACACUGUGUCCAUUCCCUAUCUCUGUCCCCCCUGCAACACCGUGUCCAUUCCCUAUCUCUGUCCCCCCUGCAACACUGUGUCCAUUCCCUAUCUCUGUCCCCCCUGCAACACCGUGUCCAUUCCCUAUCUCUGUCCCCCCUGCAACACUGUGUCCAUUCCCUAUCUCUGUCCCCCCUGCAACACCGUGUCCAUUCCCUAUCUCUGUCCCCCCUGCAACACCGUGUCCAUUCCCUAUCUCUGUCCCCCCUGCAAACACCGUGUCCAUUCCCUAUCUCUGUCCCCCCUGCAACAUUGUGUCUGUCCACUACCUCGGCACCCUCCAUCCUUUGUUCAUGUUCAACUACAAUGGUGAGGCAUAUACCUCCCUUACAUCUGUCCCACGUGCUACAAUGGCUCCGUCCCAUGUUUCUGCAGUGUAUAGAUCACCCUAAAGCCCUAUAACUAGUCCAUGAGAGGCAUACACUACUUCGACAAGUUUGGGAACAACUGCACUGGUCUAGACAGUUCCGUUCCAGCAAUGACAUUUAGGGGAGUGUGUGUGUUGCGUGUGUGCUGUGUGUGUGUGCGCGUGCCUGUGUGUGUGUGUUGCGUGUGAUGCUGUGUGUGUGCGUGCGCGCGUGCCUGUGUGUGUGUGCUCAGAAUUCUAAACACCGGUCACAGCAGGUCAUGAAUAUGUGUUUCCACCAGCUGGAAAGGUCGUCUCUAUGGCAAUUACCCUUUCUGAUAAUCUCCCUUUGAUGGUCCAGGCAGACCAUCUGAAUAGAAAGCAGAUUGUUUAAUGAGAACUAGACCCUCUAACUGGAUGGCAGACUUAAGCUGAAUGUGUAAUGAUGAGUUUUGUUUGUCCUCAGUGGAGGAUUUGGGUCACACACACACACACACACACACACACACACACACACAGCUAGAAUGAACACUAACAAAGUUAGACAGUUAAUUACCAUAGUCUGAACCGUGUCUGAACUGUGGAGUGGUUGCAAAAUGAGCACCUUAGUAUUUUAGUAUCACUGUCUGCAGAGCUUGUGUGUUAACGGUAAUCUGGUCUCUGCCUGCUGGGGGAUAUGCGCUAACUCUGCUAUCAGAUAAGGGGAGUUUGUAUAUCAACUAAGAUAAGAGAGAUAUGCAACAUUGUUCUGUGGUCUCUUGUCAGAUUUGAACUGCAGUAUGUUCAUGGUGAUUUGUCUGCUGUGUAACUGUGAAACUGUGCUCGUUGGGUGUCUUGUCAGACAUGGUGAGUCUGGAGAAGAUGUUGAGAGACGCAAUCGUCCAUGGCCAGCCCAGAACACACCGGCCCUGGAAGAAGAUCCUCAUUCUGGUGGAAGGAAUAUACAGGUAGUGUACUGUACUCUAGGAGAUUAACUGGUACUUUUCAAUAAAGGUUGCUCCUUUUACCCUAGGUAGUAUUUUAUACCUACAGGAUACUACAACACUGAGCUAACCUCUCCUCCCUCCUCUCCCUCCCUCCCACCUCCCCUCCCUCCCCCUAUCCGACAAACGCCCCCCCAAGUACGAAGAACACAAAAGAAAAAGAAGAGACUACCCUCACCGCCCCCCACACCGAAGCCUCUCCUCUCCUCUCCAUCCUUCCUCUUCUCUCUCCUCUCCUCUCCUCCUCCUCUCCUCCCCUCUCCUCUCCUCAUCCUCUCUCUCCUCUUCCUCUCCCUCCUCUCCUCUCCUCUCUUCCCUCUCUCUCUCUCCUCUUCCCCCGCCAGCCCUACAGCCUUCUCCCCAGGAUGGAAGGCAGUAUAGUACGUCUACCUGAAGUCAUAGCUCUGAAGAAGCGCUACAGGGCCUAUCUGUACCUGGAUGAGGCCCACAGUAUUGGGGCUCUGGGGCCGGGGGGCCGAGGUGUGGUUGACUACUUUGGUCUGGACCCCAGAGACGUGGACGUGAUGAUGGGGACGUUCACCAAGAGCUUCGGAGCUGCGGGGGGCUACAUCGGAGGCAGAAGGGUGAGGAGGAGAACAUUGAAAUAUAUAAUAAUAUAAUAUGUCAUUUAGCAGCACUUUCAUCCAAAGCGACUGUCAUGCAUACAUUUUAUGUACGGGUGGUCCCAUGAAUCAAACCCACUAUCCUGGCGUUGCAUGCCCAAUGCUCUACCAAUUGAGCUACAGAGGACCACCAAUCGAUAAACAUUGAUUUAACUGUUUCAGGGUAGUUACAGAUUAACGUUUCAGAUACUGUAAAUAUACCAAUAUAGAAACAUUACUGAAAACCAUUUGAGCAACAUUACACAUUAACAGUACAGCGACAGGGAGGGAGGCGGGUGAGCAGCAACGGACGACACACAUAACACUGAUACAGUGCCUUCAGGAAGUAUUCUCACCCCUUGACUUUUUCCACAUUGUUGUGUUACAGCCUGAAUUAGAAAUGUAUUCAAUUGCGAUUUUUGAGGUCUCUGGCCUACACACAAUAGCCCAUAAUGUCAAAGUGGGAUUAUUUAGUUAAUUUAUUUGAACAAAUUAAUUACAAAUUAAGAGUCAAAACGUAUUCAAACCCUUUGUUAUGGCAAACCAAAAUAAGUUCAGGAGUAAAAAUGUGCUUAGCAAGUCACAUAAUUUGAAUGGACUACAAUACUAGUGUUUAACAUGAUUUUUUGAAUGACUACCUCAUCUCUAUAACCCACACAUACAUUUAUCUGGAAGGUCCCUCAGUCGAGCAGUGAAUGGUAAAAACAGAUUCAACCACAAUGACCAGGGAGUUUGUUAUAUACAGUAUAUAUAUAUUUAAAAAGCACUGAAUAUCCCUUUGAGCAUGGUGAAGUUAUUAAUACACUUUGGAUAGUGUAUCAAUACACCCAGUCACUACAAAGAUGCAGGUUUCCUUCCUAACUUGGUUGCCGGAGAGGAAGGAAACCUCUCAGGGAUUUCACCAUGUGUAGCGGAGGAUUUGGACGGAGUCAGGCGCAGGAGGUGUAAAUCACAGAAUAAUGGUUUAUUCGGCCAAUACAGCGGUUCGCAUCAAUGCGUAAAACAACUACAGUGUGACUUAACGGCGCACUGAGAAAAACAAAACACACGGGUGAUAAAGUACAUAAUGCUCCACCGAGCUAUCGACACCUCCACAUAGAAACAAUCACACACAAAGACAUGGGGGGCAGAGGGAAUACUUAUACAGGGACUGAUGAGGGGAUAUGAACUAGGUGUGUGUAAAAAACAAGACAAAACAAAUGGAAUGGAAUGAUGAGAAGAGGAGUGGCAGUGGCUAGAAGGCCGGUGACGCCGAACGCCGAAGCCUGCCCGAACAAGGAGAGGAGGCAGCUUCGGAGGAAGUCGUGACAGUACCCCCACCCCACCCCCCCCUGACGCGCAGCUCCAUUAGCGCGCCGACACCAGCCUCGGGGACGGCCAGGAGGACACGAAGCAGGGCGUCCGGAUGGCGACAGUGGAAAUCCCGCAACAGGGAUGGAUCAAGGACAUCCUUCACCGGGACCCAGCACCGCUCCUCCGGACCAUACCCCUCCCACUCCACGAGGUACUGAAGGCCCCCCACCCGACGCCUCGAAUCCAGGAUGGAACGGACGGAGUACGCCGGGGCCCCCUCGAUGUCCAGAGGGGGUGGAGGGACCUCCCGCACCUCAGACUCCUGGAGCGGACCAGCCACCACCGGCCUGAGGAGAGACACGUGAAACAAGGGUUAAUACAGUAGUCAGGAGGCAGUAGCAACCUAUACGUAACCUUGUUCACUCUCCUCAGGACUUUGAACGGCCCCACAAACCGCGGGCUCAGCUUCCGGCAGGGCAGGCGGAGGGGCAGGUUCCGGGUCGAGAGCCAGACGCGAUCACCCGGUACAAAGACCGGGGCCUCACUUCGGUGGCGGUCAGCGUUGGCCUUCUGGCGAUGCACGGCGCGCUGGAGGUGGACGUGGGCAGCGUUCCACGUCUCCUCCGUGCGCCAAAACCAGUCCUCCGUGCGCCGAAACCAGUCGACCACCGCAGGACCGGCUGAUCGAGCCAGUGCCUCCACGCUGUCAGGGCUCUGACAACAGCCAACAGCCAACAGCUCCCAAUCACCAACGUCAUAGUUCUGCUCCGCCGGGCUGAGCUUCUUAGAGAAGAAGGCACGGGGCGGAGCUUGGGUGGUGUGCCCGAGCGUUGGGAUAGGGUAGCACCUACCCCUACCUCGGACGCAUCCACCUCCACUACGAACGGCAAUGAUGGAUCGGGAUGGGCCAGUACCGGGGCUGAGGUGAACAGAACCCUCAGGUUACUGAAAGCCCUGUCAGCAUCAGCAGACCAGUGGAGCCUGGACGGCCCACCCUUCAACAGAGCGGUGAUGGGAGCUGCGACCUUGCCAAAGCCCCGGAUGAAACCUCCGAUAGUAAUAGGCAAAGCCAAUGAAGUGCUUCACCUCCUAUACCGUGGUUGGAGUCGGCCAAUUACGCACGGCUGAAAUGCGGUCUCCCUCCAUCUCCACACCUGAGGUGGUAAUGUGGUAUCCGAGGAAGGAGAUGGAUUGUUGGAAGAACAGACACUUUUCUGCCUUGGCAUACAGGUCAUGCUCCAACAGUCGGCCCAGCACUCUGCGAACCAGGGACACAUGAUCGGCGCACGUAGCGGAAUACACCGGGAUGUCAUCGAUGUAGACCACCACACUGCGACCAAGCAUGUCCCAAAACACCUAGUUCAUAAAGGACUGGAAGGCUGAUGGAGCAUUCAUCAAACCGUAAGGCAUCACCAGGUAUUCAUAAUGCCCCGUGGUUGUGCUGAAUGCUGUCUUCCACUCGUCCCCUUCCCGGACACGCACCAGGUUGUACGCACUCCUGAGAUCUAAUUUCGUGUAGAAGCGCGCCCCAUGCAUUGAUUCGAUCACAGAUUAAAUGAGGGGUAGAGGAUAACUAUAGCGAAUUAUAGUGUUAUUAAGAAUGCGGACCCCCGUCUUUCUUCUUCACGAAAACGAAACUCAAGGAGGCGGGUGAAGUGGAGGGACGUAUGAACCCCAGAUGCAGGGAUUCGGAGACCUAUGUUUCCAUAGCCUUCGUUUCCGCCUGCGACAGGGGAUAUACAUGACUCCUGGGCGGCACAGCGUCUAACCGGUGGUUUAUCGCGCAAUCCCCCGCCCGAUGGGGUCGAGUGUGUGAUUCUGUUGUGGGUGAUUUGGGCGGAGUCAGGCGCAGGAGGUGUAACUCACAGAAUAAUGGUUUAUUCGGCCACUACAGCGGUUCGCAUCAAUGCGUAAUACAACUACAGUGUGACUUAACGGCGCACUGAGAAAAACAAAACACACGGGUGAUAAAGUACAUAAUGCUCCACCGAGCAAUCGACACCUCCACAUGGAAACAAUCACACACAAAGACAUGGUGGGCAGAGGGAAUACUUAUACAGGGACUGAUGAGGGGAUAUGAACCAGGUGUGUGUAAUAAACAAGACAAAACAAAUGGAAUGGAAUGAUGAGAAGAGGAGCGGCAGUGGAUAGAAGACCGGUGACGACGAACGCCGAAGCCUGACCGAACAAGGAGAGGAGGCAGCUUCGGAGGAAGUCGUGACACCAUGUGGCCAAUGGUGACUUUAAAACAGUUGCAGAGUUUAAUGGCUGUGAUAGGAGAAAAACUGAGGAUGGAUCAACAACAUUGUAGUUAUUCCACAAUACUAACCUAAUUGACAGAGUGAAAAUAAGGAAACCUGUACAGAAUACAAAAUAUGCAAAAACAUGCAUCCUGUUUGCAAUAAGCCAUUAAAGUAAAACUGCAAAAAAAAUGUAGCAAAGCAAUUAACUUUUUGUCCUGAAUACAAAGUGUUAUGUUUGGGGUAAAUACAUUACAAUACAUUACUGAGUACCACUCUCCAUAUUUUAAAGCAUAGUGGUGGCUGCAUCAUGUUAUGAGUAUGCUUGUAAUCGUUAAGGACUGGGGAGUUUUUCAGGAUAAAAAAUAAAUGAAAUGGAGCUAAGCACAGGCAAAAUACUAGAGGAAAACCUGGUUCAGUCUGCUUUCCACCAGACACUGAGAGAUGAAUUCACCUUUCAGCAGGACAAUAACCUAAAACACAAGGCCAAAUCUACACUGCAGUUGCUUACCAAGAAGACAGUGAAUGUUCCUGAGUGUCCAAGUUACAGUUUUGUCUUAAAUCUACUUGAAAAUAUAUGGCAAGACCUGAAAAUGGUUGUCUAGCAAUGAUCAACAACCAAUUUGUCAGCGCUUGAAAAUUUUUGCAAAUAAUAAUGUUUCACAAUCCAGGUGUGGAAAGCUCUUAGAGACUUAACCAGAAAGACUCACGGCUGAAAUGCUGCCAAAGGUGCUUAUACAAAGUAUUGACUCAUGGGUGUAAAUAAUUAUGUAAAUAUUUAAUCCAUUUUGAAUUCAGGAUGUAACACAACAAAAAUGUGGAAUAAGUCAAGGGGUAUAAAUACUUUCUGAAGGCACUGUAAAACAUCUACAGAUAACACAUCUUCAGAUAACACAUCUACAGAUAACACAUCUACAGAUAAAACAUCUACAGAUAAAACAUCUACAGAUAACACAUCUACAGAUAAAACAUCUACAGAUAACACAUCUACAGAUAACACAUCUACAGAUAACACAUCUACAGAUAACACAUCUUCAGAUAACACAUCUACAGAUAACACAUCUACAGAUAAAACAUCUACAGAUAACACAUCUACAGAUAACACAUCUACAGAUAACACAUCUACAGAUAACACAUCUUCAGAUAACACAUCUACAGAUAACACAUCUACAGAUAAAACAUCUACAGAUAACACAUCUACAGAUAAAACAUCUACAGAUAACACAUCUACAGAUAACACAUCUACAGAUAACACAUCUUCAGAUAACACAUCUACUUUAAUGCUGUGUCUGAAAUCAGAAAUUGAUACUUAGUGUUGCAAAUAUACUAACCUCGGGAUCGACAAUCACAUUCUGUUGUGUUCUAUUUUGUCCUCUUCUGUCUGUUCUGUUCUAGGAGCUGAUAGAGUACCUGCGGUCCCACUCUCACAGUGCGGUGUACGCUGCGUCCAUGUCAUCUCCCGUCGUGGAGCAGAUCAUCACCUCCAUGAAGUGCAUUAUGGGGGAGGACGGGACGGCGAUAGGUGAGUCUGACACGUAG